AUGGAGGCAUGCGAGCUGUGUUCCAAAACCAAUUUCGACUGUGAGCUCAGAUACCCUCAAGCCAAACGGUCAAAGCCCAGCUCGAUGUCCUCAUCUCCAACACCGUCAAUUCUCGAUUACGACAGAAUCUACGCUAACGCAAUGAAGAACUCAAAAAAUAAAUACCAAUUCAUCACCACUUCCCAUCCAUUGGCCCCAUUAUUCAGUAAUGACUCUUUUCUGGCAUUGUCUGACGGAGAACUGUUUAACCUCUUUUUCCCAUGGAGAGACCUGUUUUUGCCGCAGAGAGAACAAUACGCGCGUCCGCUCAAUGUGGAUCAGGAACUGCUGGAGUACGUCGAGAUGAAAGGAGCAUUCAAGAAGGCUCCUUACCAAACACAACGCAAAUUGGUCCAACUGUAUCUGGACAACCUGUACCCGUUGUAUCCCGUUGUGGACCGCGAUAUCAUCAACCAUCUGGACGAGACGCCACCUCUGCUUCUUAACGCAAUGAUGAUGUGCGGAGUGCGCUACGAUACGGACCUGGACCCAGACGAAAUCAGGUCGACCGCAGAACAGCUUCGUCGCAAGUGCGAGCUUCUGAAACUGUGCGAGCUAAAUAAAAUCACGCUGAUCCAGGGGUUCUUGCUCAUGAGCAACCAGGAAGAGGCCCCCACGGGACCCCAGGUCGCUAGAGAGUACGUCAGUCGUGCAUGUAUUCUGAUCAUCGACCUAGGUCUCCAUAACAACGCUGCCAAGAACCAGCUUUCGAAAUUUGCCAGCAACUCGCCAGACCAUAGCACAGGGUCGAUAUACUUCCGUCUGUCGUACAAAGUGUCGCUUCUGACGCGCCUGUUCUGGACAUCGUUCUGUUUGGACAGGGUUCUGUGUUCCACCAGCUCUGCUACCAUGAUAUACAGCAAAUUGGACUUGGCCGUGGAUAUCUUCAGAUUAGACGACUUUGACGGCAACCUGGCCGACUACGAGAUCUUCAUGCGUUGGUAUAAGAUUUGCGAUCUUCUGGAACGGGUGUUGGUAUCCCGCUACCGUCCUCCAGGAAACAGAUCCUUGGAUCACAAUCUUGAACGAGACAUUGUCACGUUGUGUCACCAGGACACCGAGUCGGAGGUGGGCGACGUCAUUGGCAAGGCUUAUGUGUGUUUCCUGAAAACGUUCAGUGCAUACUGCGCAAUCAUGUUUCUGCGAUCCAAGGUGGACUUUAUCUGUUUGCUCGAGGACGAGAUCAAGGGGCAGGAACCGGUGGUUUCCGACUCGCCGCUCACAGACAACAAGAUGUACCAUUUGUCGUGUGUUUCCCGCACGAUUGUGGAACAAAGCAAAGGACCACAAGUGCAACACAUCAUCUCGAUCCACGCGGUGUUGCACGUAAUUGUGCUGCUACAUUUGGAAAUCGAAGCCCGACAACAGGUGCAAGUUCCAAACGGAUCGCAGGACCCGCUCGCUCUGCUGGGCUACAAAAAGGAAAUGUUCAACGACUGUCUGCGAUUUCUGGAAAGAAACAGCAAAAAAUGGUUCUUCAGCGCGGCUUGCUACCAUCUUUGUGAAGAACUUGUCUCUACACCAGCGAAAAAAAUUAAAAGCUCCCAAGACUUGCUUGCUCUUCUAUUUGGAAACGAAUAA